AUCAUAUCCGAUGCUGUCAUUUCUUUCUCUGCGCAGCCUCACUCUUACCUUAAAGUCUUCCUAUAAUUGCAAGGGCCAGUCACCGGAAGUUCAGCUCCGUGAAAGCUGCAAAAAUAAAAGGUACAUGUAAACAUUUUUUUUUAAACUCUGAUGGACGUGUUGGACAGUGUAUAAUUACUGUCUAAUGUUACUUUAAAUAUGCAGCACGCGUUGGCUUUUGCUCUACUGAGCAAUGUAUUUCACAAGGCUGAGUGAAUGAAAAUGCAAGGCUGAAAAUAAACACAAUGUUGUGGUUUUUUGUUGUUGAUUUUUUUUUUUGCAAGAAUAACGGAUAAUAGAAGCGCGUGAGGACUGCCAGUAUUUUAAAAACGAGGUACGGCGUGGUCAACCGAUUUCAGUUUUUACAUGGAUUUAAUUUCAUAAUGAAGAAGAAUAAAAAGACGUAUUCAAUGUUCAUUUGUGGUUUUGUGAGAGGAAGAUAAGGGGCCAGUUCUUUUGUGAGCUGUAAUUGUAACAAUGCGUUGGACUCCGGUUUGUAAUGGAACAGACUCUAAAUAUAUGGAGAAUAUAAAUGUUUAGACAGCCCCAACAACGACAAACGAUGUUACACGGACUGGAUAUACAUUUGUUUUAUAUUAAUACAUGAAUGGAAUAAAUCGGCGUUCUUGUUAUAACUGGGAUGAUAGAGGCUGUGCGAUUGAUAAUUGUUUGGCUGCAUAGAUGGCGAACACAAGUGAGGUUGAAGAAAGCAACACUUCGCUUCAAAAUUAUGCCUUUACAUCUUCUGCUGUGAAGCUGGCAUCCCUCGGGCUGAUUAUCUGUAUUAGUCUGGCAGGGAAUCUGAUUCUUUGUUUCCUCGUAUUAAGAGACCGAAGCUUGCAUCGGGCUCCUUACUACUUUCUCCUGGAUCUCUGUCUGGCUGAUAUAAUAAGAUCUUUUGUAUGCUUUCCUUUUGUGAUGAUAUCUAUCAACAGCGGUUCAAGCUGGAGCUAUAGCAUUAUUAGCUGCAAGAUCAUAGCAUUUGUGGCUGUUCUUUUCUGUUUCCACGCUGCAUUUAUGCACUUUUGCAUCAGUGUAACCAGAUACAUGGCUAUUGCACACCAUAGGUUUUAUUCCAAAAGGAUGACUCUCUGGACUUGUGUGGCAGUCAUCUGUAUGGUUUGGAUCCUCUCCAUAGCAAUGGCAUUCCCUCCUGUGUUUGAUGUGGGCACUUACAAAUUUAUCCGGGAGGAAGAGCAGUGCAUUUUCGAGCAUCGCUAUGUUAAAGCCAACGACACCCUGGGGUUCAUGCUGAUGUUGGCAGUCAUAAUAGGUACCACACACGUGGUCUAUCUUAAAAUGCUCUUCUUUGUUUAUGACCAUCGUAAAAUGAAACCUGCUCAGUUAAUUCCUGCAAUAAGCCAAAACUGGACCUUCCACGGACCGGGGGCCACUGGGCAAGCAGCUGCCAACUGGAUAGCGGGUUUUGGACGAGGUCCGACACCGCCAACACUGGUGGGCAUCAGGCAGGCUACCCACAAUCAAAACAAGAGGCUUUUGGUCCUGGAGGAAUUCAAGAUGGAAAAAAGGAUCGGCAGGAUGUUUUAUAUGAUUACCCUUAUUUUCCUACUGCUUUGGUCUCCAUAUAUCAUAGCCUGCUACCUUAGAGUGUUUGUUAAAACGAAUAGCAUACCACAGGUCUAUCUCACGGCUGCUGUUUGGGUGACAUUCGCACAGGCAGGUGUUAAUCCCAUUCUGUGUUUUAUACUUAACAAAGAGUUAAGAAUUUGUUUCAGAACCCAUUUCCUCUGCUGUCUGAGCACACAAACAACAAUGGAGCCAUACUAUGUUAUAUAACAUAUCAGAACCCAUUUCCUCUGCUGUCUGAGCACACAAACAACAAUGGAGCCAUACUAUGUUAUAUAACUCUUUUUUUUUUUCUUUCUCUCAAGUCACAUAAAUGACCACUGGGAUGCAAAAAUGUCACAUUAGAAAACCUAGUUUAUUUAACUUUCAUGGUUUUCUAAAUGAAAGGGCUUAUGGUUGUUUUCAUUACAUUACUACAUAUAUAUAUAUAUAUAUCUACAAUAUAUGUUUCCAUGGACAGGCAGUCUUAUUAGAAUUUUUUUUUAAAUUACUGCAUACUGUUGACAAGGUUAUUUAUUGUAUAGAUGUAAAUGUUGUACAGUUAAUUUAACUUAUACAAUCUUUCUUAUUCUUAGCUUUUAUUGAUGUAUUAUCUUUGGUAAUGUUUUAGCAUUCUUUGUGAGGGCAAGUUAUUUAAAAAAAAAAAUCAAAUUAAAAUUUUACAUUGUUGUUUUAAAAUGGAAACAUGUAAAUGGAUUUUUCAUAAAUGUGUUGAAUGCUUCCUUUGAUAUUCCCUUCAAAAUCGGACGUAGUCAUUUCUGGUUUUUUAGAUGCAAAAAAAAAAAAAAAAGACAACACAAAGCUCUUGCCUCAAAACUGUGGAAAGGUGUAUAUUUGCAAUGUUUUUACUUGACAAUUAAAGGAAUAAAAUUAAGAAAUUGCUUGCUUAAUAAUGUAGGAACCACAGAUAAUGCCUGAGAAAACAUAUCCCUUGCACAGUAAAUGUGGUUUGAUUUGUAUUGAAAUUCCAAUUCAGGCAUUUACUAUUAUUCAUGUCUUCAAGCAAAUGUCUCAUGAUCAUGUUCAGUUCUAUAGUAAAAUACUAUUCCUAAAAUUCCUCUGUGCUUUUACCUGAUUCUUCGAUCAUGCCUAUAAUAAUAUAAAAAAAGGGUUCAGCUGUACACACCCAAACACUUUCCCUAAUAAGCCUGCUUUUCACUGAUGUACUAAAUUACCUGUCGCGAGAAUAUGGUCUUUAAAAUAUUAUCUUCAAACUUUUUAAAGGUGAAUUUGUCUUUAUUUUCCUCCAAUUGAUGUUUUGGACAACAUCAACAUGAUCUGUGCCACACAUUCAACGUGCUUUUGUUUCUGGUUAAUGUUCAAAUUGUUUUUUAGUAAACACACUGCCAUCUGUUGGUUAAGAGUGGAACUUCAGAUGUUAAUACAUGACGUAAUGCACUUUUUAGACAUGGUACUCAAACAUGCCUUCAAAACAUCCUUAUUAUAGUCAGGGCAUUUUCACUCUGGCUUUGGAUUCCCAACAGCUGGACAGUAAAUUUGAAUUUUGAAACAACUUCCCAACUGCCCUCAGCAGGUUUUAUGCAAAGUAUUCAUGUAACUCGAUUGAAGCUGUCAGUCAAAUGCAUUUAAAACAGAAAAAAAUAAAUUAUACGUUUCUGAAUAAUCAGGUAUACAGGCAAAGCAAUCAUAAUUUUAAAACAAACCCAACUAUCAUCCUUUCAAAUGAAAGUACGGAAAACAGAGUACUGUAUAGUACGUAUUACCUAAGUGGAGUCCUAUACCUUUACUGUCCCUGAGAGUCCUUUCAACAGCAAAGGCCCUAUGGAAACAAGCGAAGCUAAAGACUUUGUAUUGCUUAUCUUAAAUUCACGUCUGCUAUUUAUUUACAUUAAACAUUAAGGGUAUCUGUUACCAUAUCUCACGAUAUUUAGCCUAUAUUUAUGUGAUUACAUGUGUACAACAUGUGUAAGUGUAUAUAGAAAAUAUGUCCUUAUAUACAUUAUGUACAUAUCCGACUGUAUCAGCUUGUAUCAUUUUCUUGGCUAAUUUCCAUGAAUCCACUAAGCAGUUAUUGUAUUAGAACAAUUCUGUCAGUCCUUUCAAUCACAAGGUCACCAGGGCCUAGUGCAUUUCCAUGGGCAAAGUACAUGUGCUGGAAAUAAUAAUUAUUUCCAGAACAAAUAGUUUUCAUUGUAUCUACUAUUAUAAGCUUUAAUUUGUGGGAGGGGUCAUGUUUUCGUUAUUGAUCUCUCACCUAAACUUAUGUCACUCAGUAUUGCUUGUACACAUUUAUCACAAACAAUUGAUAUGGAGCUUAAUCUGCACAAAUGCAUCAAGGCAAGAACUUCUGUUGACUCUCAUGAGCAUCAAACCUUAUUGCUCCCUCUAGUGGUGUGUGCACCUUGAUUUGAAACCAGCCCCCUUAUGAUGAAGAGGUGGGUCAGAGCAGGUUCUUAACCUGUCAUAUUGGCUUUGUUUAUUGUACAAACCAUUCAUUUUCUAGUACUUUGGGAUUCAAUUUAAAAUGCAUCUCUAAAGGACUCAAAUUUGAACCAAAUAUUUAAAAUAAACAAGCAGGCAUUUCUAAUUACAGCUGAGUUAGCACUGGCUUUAAUUUGAUGAUUUAAAAGUACACUUUCAUUUUAUUCAUAAUGGGUUGACAUGGCCUACACUAGUAAACAUAAUUAGAAAUGACAGAAAGCUCUGUGGUGACAUGAAACCUGUGAGUCGAAUAUCUACGUGAUGGAUCCUAAUUACAGCCUGGCAUUUAGUGACCUUAAAAGUGUCAAACUGCUUCUGAUACACCAGGGCUUGGUUUGUUUUAUUCAACAGGUUUUAUCUGAUAAAUAGAGAUGCUCUUGAAAGUCAAAACAUAUUCAUUACAGCAUAAGAGCUUCCAGAACAUGUUUCCUCAAAACAAGCAAUAUUUUAAAUAAAUAGUGUGGUCAUAACAAUUUCUAUUGUUAUUACUAGUCUAUGAUAUAUACCAGUGCCAGUAUU